AUAUAUAGUCUGAAGUGCGUCCAUACAUGGGGUGGAAGGGGACCGGCAUUCCUCCGCUGAGAGGCGCAGAUUUGUGUUGCCAUCAGCAAGUGCUUCCCAAGCGGCAUCAGGCUGGUCUUCACCGCUUUGUGCUGUUUUAAUCUCUCGGGUCUCCUUGAAGUGUUCCAGCAGCAGUCAUGGCUUCCAAAGUCACACCGUGGAAUAAGAAGAAGCGUGUGAGCCAAGUCCAAUCUGAUUAUGCGUAUCAUCACACUCAAUGUGUGCACGCCAAGCAGCAGACGGCAGUGAGGAAAUCCAGCUCUAAAUCGGUGAGCCAGGUGCAGGCCCAGGCCACAGAGGCUAUGGCGGAACCCGCCUAUACCAUACCGGAGUUCCGGCAGAGGACUGCUGAUGAGGGGACUGAGGAGUACCAGCGAGUGAGCAGGAAUGUUGGGAAAGGAUUGACUGUUAUCCAGGAGGAGCUCCACAGGAUGAGGAUGUCCACCAAGGCCCGAGUGGAUAGUCUUGCUAUCCAGAGAGAGGUGAAGGACAUGAUGUACAGGAGGGUGGAUUUGUCGGAGGAAAUGCCCAAGAUGCCGGACUUCGUGGUCGCCCUGCGGCCCCACACCGUGUGGGAGAAGACUCCCGUCAAGCUGUUCUGCACUGUGGAGGGAAACCCGAGGCCCAUCGUCAAAUGGUCAGAAUACUCACAUCUCACGGGACGGGGUUUUAGAUCUGACCUCAGUUUAAUGGCAGAAUGAGCAGAAGCACAUUUA